AUGCGCUGGGUGCCUCUGGAGAGCAAUCCUGAGCUCUUCACUGAGUGGGCCACCUCUCUCGGUCUGCCGGCCUCUCAGUGGGCCUAUCACGACAUCUUCGGCUUGGACCCCGAGCUGCUCAGCAUGGUCCCUCAACCAGUCCAGGCCGUCCUCCUCCUCUUCCCCGUAAGCAACGCAUACGAAGAACAGAGGCAAAAGGAGGAUGAAGGCGUAGAGAUCUCCCAGAAAGGAACAGAGCUAAAGAAGGGGGAGAUGAUGUGGUGGAAACAGACGAUCGGAAAUGCUUGUGGCACAAUGGGUCUCCUCCACUCACUCAGCAACGCCUCCUCAGUCCGCACCUCUCUACCCUCCGACUCGCCCCUGGCCAAGCUGAUCGAUCAGUCCGCACCUCUACCGCCACUGGAGCGCUCCGCCCUCCUCACCAAGUCCAAGGAACUCGCCCGCGCCCACACCACCGCCGGCUCGGGUGGCCAAACGGCUGCGCCACAGGCAGACGAAAGUGUGGACCUGCACUUCACCUGCUUUGUACGCGGUGAGAGUGGUGAGCUGGUCGAACUGGACGGGAGGCGAAAAGGUCCAGUGAUCAGGAAGGAGGCAGCGAAGGUGGAGAAGCAGGAAGAUUUGCUCAGUGUGGCGGCGAGCUUUGUCAAGAAGCAUUACAUGGAGAUGGAUCCGGAAGCGGUUCAAUUCAACUUGAUCGCUUUGGGGCCGGCGCAGUAG